UCGUCGUCGUCGCCAGGUCGCCAAGAAGAAGGGAGGAGAAAAAUUUUCAAUCCUCAUCGCUCGCUCGUCGUCGCAGUCCAACAUCCACAGUUCGGUUCGAGUUUAAGUGAAUUAAGUGAAAGAAACAGUGCUUAAAACUAGUUUGCCAGCUUUGCCAUUAGUUGCGCGACUCGCGGCGGUUUCAAAUUCGCGCUCGGCGGGAGUUCCGUUGGGGUUGCGGGAAGUUUUUUUUUUUUUGGGUGGAAAAUUUUCUUCCUCUCGUUCAAGAAUAAACAAUGGCAGCACCCAAGGAAUAGAUAGAGAGCGAGCUUUUUUGGCCUGCUCCGUUUCUUUGUCCCCCCGCCGUUUGGGAUGUUGUGUUCGGUUCCGCCGUCGACGUGAUGGAUGCAUUUAGGUUGCUGCUGCAGUUAUCGUGAAGGAAGAAAACGAAGACGCGUCGCGCCGUUCCAGAAGUGUCCGCAAGGAGGAGGAGAAGGCAGGACACGGCGACGUUUUCUUUAUUGACGUUUGCAUGCCAAGAGCAGUGGACGGCGGAGAAGGGGGAAGGUGUGGGACACUGCGGCUGCAGCAGCACCAGGAAAAUUGAUGUUGGACGAUUUUCCUUUUGUGUGGUGUUUGUGUGUUUGGUUUUCCUCCAGUCCGGCCGCCGCGCGUUCCGGAUCGAAGAGAAAGGUGAAAGAGAUCUCUCGCGUUGUGUGUCGUGUGUCUGCUUGACGAGGAGGUAGACAAGAAAGUGCUUCAUCAAAAGGAAGACGCUGCUGGCAGCGAAUCCAGUUUCUUUCUGAUACUGUGUGUGCAGCAGCUCAAAAUUCCUUUCUCGCCCGCGCGACUCCUCCCCGAAUGAGAGGACCGCCCUGUUCAUUGUUGUGAUUGUGUGAGGACCACCGCCCCCGAACAGCACCACCACUUCACUCAGGAUGAACGGCCAGCAGGAAUUCCCGACGUCGAUCGCCCGGAACUCGCCCAAACAUGAAUUCCCCCAGCAGCAAUCCUCCAGCGACUUCCAGCACUUCCAGCAGCAAUCAGGCAUGCACGGCGGUUACCCGCCCGGGAUCCCCACCGGAACGCCACCCCCUCCACAAAGCGCCCAGCAGCAGGACCUAACCAUCGACGGCAUUCCAAACAGUGGCGGCGGGGGCGGACCCUUCCCCCAUCGGAGAUCGCGCGCGUCGCGAACCUUCAAGAACCCGCCCCAGCCGCACAUGUGCAUCCGCGAGAAGACCAUCGACGGCAAGGAGGUGUACAUCAACGUGCUCAGCUGGACGCGGAUCGCCAACCCGGACAACCCGGACGCGCCGAUUCCGCUGUACGGCGGGAUGAAAGUGGGCAAGAUUCCGCCGGGCAGUCCCCGCGCGCCGCCGCUCGUGUACGCCGUGAUGGCCAGUCCGGAGGUGCUCAAGAAGGCCGGGAGAAAGUGUCCGGACACUCCGGAACGAAUGAACCUGGUUGAUCUCAUGUGUGAGUUCGUGGAGGCUAUGAAUCCCACUCUGCAUUUAUCUCGAAAACCGGAAAUCCUCAAGGACCGCGACCUGUCCGGCGAGCUCAAGGACGUCUGGAGCGCGGUCCAAGCGUGCCGCGACAAGGGACGCGUCGACAGCGGCCCGCCCGAGAAUCUAGUCGUGUACACCGAGUUUGGCCCGGAGACGGCGCCCUCGUACGAGCAAUCUCAACACCAGCAGCAGCAACAACAGCAGCAGUACCAUCAUCAGCAGCAUUUUCCACAUCAACAUCAGCAACAGUAUCAGCAGCAGCAGCAGCAGCAACAUCAGCAUUACGGUGGAGAACCGUUUCAGUAUCAUCAGCAACAGCCUCAAAACCAUCACCAACAACAGCAACCGCAAAGUGCAAUUACUAACGACGUCAACUCCUCAGACAGUCCGGACGUGCCGGACUGCGGCGUAAGCGACCAGCAGCUGGAAAAACUGUGCCAGGAAGCGGACGCGCUGAAGCUCGCCCCAGCGACCAAAACGAACGGUCUCACACUGCCAACUACGACCACGAGUCCGUCGGGUUCCGCCGAGUCCACACCGGCAACGUCCCCGUCGUCAUCGUCCUCCUCCUCAACAACCAACCCGGAAUCUAACCCAGUGCCAGCCGCCUCCGCUGCCGCUUCCGCCCCGCAGCAAGGCAACUCUACUUCCUCCACCUCGCCCACUUCGCCAACAACGACGACGUCGACGUCAACGACGCCGGUCAGUCCGACGACAGUGACGACGCCCUCGCCCGCGACGCCCCAGAAGGAGUCGAAAAACACGAGCCAUUUCUUCCCCAUGUUCCGCUCUUCCAAGUCGUCGUCGUCGGAGAAAUCCGCCGACAAGGACCACGCCAACAGCAGCAGCAGCAGCAGUUCGGGUGACCAGGUGGACGCCCAGCCGGACACGCCGGUCAAAAGCAGCAGCAAAAAGAGUGGCCUCAACUUUUUCCGCCGGAACAAGACGGAGAGUAAAAAGAGCGCGGAACCGCCGGUGACGCCAACGAAGCAAAAGGACGCGGCGGCCGAGGGAAAGGAAAGGAAUCUGCUGGACAAGCUGGACGAGAGUUUGCUGCACCAUCACCACCAUCACGGCGGGAGCAACGGAACCGGCGAGAUUAUCGAAACCAGCUCGGCGACCAUCGUGGCCAAGUGAGAAGGGGGUGAGAGGUAAGGGGA